AUGCCUCUAUACGUAAGAUCUCGAGAUCGUGAUCCGUUACAGGAUCCGCUCAUGUUUCUUGCCGGCGGUGCACUCAUACCUAUUUGUAAAGUGGCACUACUGGAGACUUUUUGGGGAGGCCUAGCAACUAUAUCACCUCAUUUACAGAUUGGCGCCAAUACUUAUUUUGAGUUUUUCGAAAUACAAUGCCGCCAAGCUUUGAAUAAUUGGGAAAAGUACGACUUAUCCGAGUUGAAGUUUUCGCACGUAACUAAGGUGGCUAAGAUGUUUAUGGCCGGAUCAACUCGACAAGAGAUUGAGUUACAUCUCGGCGAAUUCCUACUUGGUGACUGUCGAAUUAUCGCAAGUGAGAUUAUCGAUUUGACUGUACGGCUGGUCUUGAUGGUACCCAUCUGGAAUUUCUGGCAGGGUGUUUGCCCUGAGGAGUCAGCUCUGACGUGGGUAGAAGGCACUGUGGAGAGAUCUUUUGAGCGACAUUUUAGGCCAAAGUCAAAGCAAUCGCCUGGAUCUGAGACAGAAUUCAGUGUCAAACAAUCCGUUAUCCUUGAUAAGUCUUUUACAGCUCAACGGAUUGAAGAACUGGGUGGUUUGAAAAUCAUAUGGACAAAUAACUUACUUGAUCACUUGAAGAUGAAACCAAAAGAUAACCAAGUCUACAUCUAUCAUUACGCCUCGUAUUUGAACUUGCAAUUAAAAAAUCACAUCUAUCCCGCCGGCUUGGUGGAAGAGACCUUGAGAACACUAGCCCUCCUACUGCCACGAGCAGACAAAGAUACUAAAGAUUGGUUCGCUCAACAAAAGUUUACGCAUCAUCUAGAUCCAGAGGCAGCUAGCUGUAGAACAGUAAGCCGUGAAGAACGAAAUAUUGAAAAGUUUCUCUUUUGGAAAGACCGCCUUGUACGCUUGAAAAUUGCCUUUGACGACGCAAAACCGAUACCACCUAAGUCCUUACUCCGCCGAUACUUUUCUGCUAUUAAUCUGAAGUCUUAA